AUGGCCGAUGCCGCGACUUCCGACCCCGCCGCUAGGGUGAAAUCCCACGCUUCCACCGUCAACGAACACGGCUACCCGCGCGGCCAUCUGGGCCACCUCAGCGAGCACGAAGAGGCGCAGCUCGUCGCCUUCAAGGCGCUGCUCGAGGAGAAGACGCUGUAUAAGCCAGGCCCGCCGGCGUCCCACGACGACCAGACACUGCUCUGGGUCCCCGCCGACGCGCUCACGCAGUUCAAGGACACGGAGGAGUGGCGCGCCGCCAGCGACAUCGACACCCUCUACAAGACCAUCGAGCUCGAGGCCUACGAGCAGAGCCGCCGCCUGUACCCGCAAUGGACCGGCCGCCGCGACCGCCGCGGCAUCCCGCUGUACCUCUUCGAGAUCAAGCACCUCGACACCAAGGCCAUCGCCGCCUACGAGAAGUCCGGCAAGGAAACGUUCAGCAAGGCCAAGUGGGACGGCAAGACCCCGCAGGGCCUGCUGAGGCUGUUCGCGCUCUACGAGAACCUGACCCGGUUCAACCAGCCCUUCUCCACGCAGCUGCAGGACCGCGAGUUCAACGACACGCCCAUCACGCUGAGCACCAACAUCGUCGACAUCUCCGGCGUCAGCCUGAAGCAGUUCUGGAACUUGAAGGGGCACAUGCAGGCGGCCAGUCAGAUUGCGACGGCGCACUACCCCGAGACCCUUGACCGAAUCUUCAUCAUCGGCGCCCCCGUCUUCUUCUCCACCGUUUGGGGCUGGAUCAAGCGCUGGUUCGACCCCAUCACCGUCUCCAAGAUCUUCAUCCUCAGCCCGCACGAGGUGCAGCCGACGCUCGAGCAGUUCAUCGAGCCCCGCAACAUCCCCAAGAAGUACGGCGGCGAGCUCGACUUCACCUGGGGCGACCAGCCCACCGUCGACCCCGCCUGGGACGGCGUCGUCAAGUGGGAGAACGGCCACUCCGCCUUCACCGGCCGCCCGGCCGUCUGGCGCGUCACCGAGGACGGCACCCGCGUCGAGUGCUUCGGCAUCGGCAGCGUCAACGGCAAGGAGCAGAACGAGCUCAUCGCCUCCGUGCCCCGCACCUGGCCGCCCGCCAAGGCCGAGAAGACCAACGGCAGCGCGACCGAAGCCGUGACGGAGAAGGACGCCGCCGUGACCGAGGGCACCCAGACGGAGCCCGUCAAGGUCAUCGAGCCCGCCGAAGACCUGUCCAAGCUUUCCAUCUCCGACACCAAGGAGAUCACAGAGAAGCACACCAACGGCAGCACGACCGCUCCCGCCGGAUUGGCAUAG